CCUGCCUUUGUCGCUCUCAUCACGAGGUGGCUGAUGACGAAGAAGAGAAGCUAAUGGUUAGGGUUUCUCCAUCAAGAAAACCUACCUCUCCUUCUUCCUCUUCCUCUCAUGCCCUUCGAAUCCCAUCCUUAGUUCCCGUUGAUCGGUUCCUCUCCACCGAUACUUGGUAAAUCCAGUCGAUCUGAUCUGAUCUGAUCUGAUCGUCCAUGGAGUCGACGGCGAUCCCUCUGGAGGCCACCGACGACCAAUCGACCUCCGUGGACGCGAUGUUCUCCCGCCGACGCUUCUGCUGCUGCUGCAUCUGGUCGGCGCCCCGCUCCUCCUCCUCCUCCUCAUCUGAGUCGUGGCAGCGGAUCCACGCUGGCGGCGGCGGAGGUAGCGCGGGAGACGACCGCCGGUGGUGGAGACGGGUGGUGGGGGCGGUGAUGAAGGUGCGGGAGUGGUCGGAGCUGGUGGCGGGUCCGCGGUGGAAGACCUUCAUCCGCCGCUUCAACCGCAACCGGCACAGCGGUGGCGGCGGCGGAAGCUGGAGGAUGGGGUCGGCGAAGUUCCAGUACGACCCCCUCAGCUACGCCCUCAACUUCGACGAGGGCCACGGCGGGAGCCCAGAAGGGGACUACGCGGGCUACCGCGACUUCUCCGCCCGGUUCGCCGCCCCGCCGGCAUCGGCCUAAUCGUCCGCAGAUCUCGGACCUCUCCUCUUCGCCUCUGUCGCCGCCGAUCGGGCGGCGCACGCAGUGGUGGGCUCCACUUGUCCUUUUCCCCAGUAAAAAGAUAUUAUAUAUAUAUAUAUAUAUAUAUUUAUAUAUAGUAUUAUUAGCAUCCGUCAGUGGUGGGAUCUAUUUGUCCUUUUCUCGAGUAAAAAGAUAUAUAUAUAUAUAUAUAUAAUAUAAUAUUUAGUAUUAUUAGCUGUUGAUUGGUUGUAUCAAAUUGAUUGCGAGAAUUAGCUACAAAAAAUCGUGUAAGUUGCUACA